GAGUUGGCGAUACAAGGAGAUUCUCGCGACGGACAGCGGGGUUACAACGGAAAAGAUGGCGGACAGGUUAACACAAUUGCAAGACGCUGUCAAUUCGCUUGCAGAUCAAUUUUGCAAUGCCAUCGGCGUCCUGCAGCAAUGUGCACCUCCUGCCUCCUUCAGUAACAUCCAGACAGCCAUCAACAGAGAUCAGCCUGCAAACCCAACAGAAGAAUACGCUCAGCUAUUUGCUGCCUUGAUCGCCAGAACAGCCAAAGAUGUGGAUGUGCUGAUCGACUCUCUGCCCAGUGAAGAGUCCACGGCAGCCCUGCAGGCGGCCAGUCUGAGACAGCUUGAAGAGGAGAACCAUGACGCGGCAGCUCGUCUGGAGGAGGUGGUUUACCGCGGAGAUAUGCUGCUGGAGAAGAUCCAGAGUGCCCUGGCUGACAUCGCCCAGUCUCAGCUCCGCACCCGCAACGGAGCACCAACCCAGGCGUCGCCAGCCGAAUCCUGACCCACAAUGUACAUAAUGCAGCUCUGGACUCUUUCAGUCAUUGUGUUCUUUAUUUUUAUCCUCAGACAUCAGCUGUUAGCCCCCGAAGACUCAAAAAUAUGCUGAGAGUGAGUGAAAAGGAAAUGUGAGAUGCCAGACAGUUAAACAAUGAAACAGUUUAUUUUUGUUGCACAGCAGCCACUGGCCUCGAGACAAAUUCACUGAAAAAAAAACUGAACGUGCUUGAUGUCAUCUUCAGAAACACUGAUUUCCUUGAGGAACUCUCUACUGAAGCAGAAAGUUCUGUCAAAACUGUCUUUUUUAUGUUCUAUGUACAGUUUAUGUUUUAUAUUGAAUACGUCUGUUUUUGUGGAUAUCUUCAUGUGGAGCAUCUUCAUCCUCCCAACAAUGUUCAACACAGUUUAAAAACCGCUCAGUUUAUUGUACAUUAAUAUUAAAUAAGUCUUGUUUGUCAUAAUAAAGCUUGAACAAACUCA